AGGAGUAGAGUUUGUAGACCUAUGCUGUCGUUGAAGGUUAUUGCAGUUGCACUGGGUCUUCUGUUCCCGUGUGCCUCCAAGCGGCGCAUUGACAUUGUGAACAGAUGCUCGAGACCCAUGAUCAUCGCACCAACAGGCGGAAACUCACAGGUGCCUUGUGAGUGUCCAGAUGGAAUGACCUGCAGUCCUCACAACGAGUGCUACUUCGAUUUCAAUCCACCAGGUAUGGACUGGACUAUUGAUCCUGGGCAACGGAUAUCCUUGUACACACCCAACGAGGCCGUACAACAAGGAAACGGUGUCACUGCUGACUGGAGUGGCAAAAUUGAGUUUUAUGCCAACCAUACACGUGAUGGAGGUUUGAUACCUUCUGCGUUUUGCAACAACAUGCCCUUCUGUCCGCCAUAUCAAGGGUUGAACGGGGUGGCCACUGCUGUAGAAUUCACUUUGGUACCAUUCGGGCCAGACUACUAUGAUGUUUCUGUGAUCAAUGGCUUCAAUGUUGGAAUUGAAAUGAAGCCAAGCAAUCGCUUCGAUGCCAUCAGAGAAGAGGUCGCAGGCAGCCAGAAAGGCUACAACUGCGGGGCUGCAGGGGCCUUCCACCAGAAAGAUGGCAGACUAACUUCCUGUCCUUGGCAGUUCAAGCCCACGACUACCCUGAUGGGACCUCUGUUGCGGCAGGUGGACGGGAACGGAACACCAUGCGCAUCUGACGCCGAUUGUGGGAACUCUGCAAGGUGUGGACAGAAGGCAGUUCGCAUUCGGAACCCUCUGACUGGACAGGAUCAGCCAACAACUGAGAUACGCAUGGAGUGCGGCAACCAAAUUGGUUGGUGGUCUGCGUAUCAACUCUGUGUUUGGAGCGGCAAUGCUUAUGUCAGUCCAGCUCCUUUCGAAGGAAUCAUCGACUGCCCAGCGCAUCACCAGAUGUUUGCUUGCGCUGGAGCAGAACCCUGGACAACGACGUGCUACUCUCCACACACGGGAUCAUGCUGUGGUUGUGGCGAGUGGCAAAAGCUCUUGAGCUUGAACGUGCCAAAAGCGCAUGAAGGCUGUCAGGGCUCAAAUCCUGUAUGGCAAAAGCACGCUUUGCCUUUCCUGGAGAUGUUAAAGAGAGGUUGUCCUACUGCAUACACCUAUGCCUUCGAUGACGAGUCAUCCACUUUCACAUGUCAGAGUGCAGACAGCCGAGAUGGGCCAGAGCCCAAUACCGCCGAGUACAUCAUCACAAUUUGUCCUGACCAAGUUGACAAGCUGAGCUCCGAUGCAAAAAAAACUGGCCUUGCUCCAAUUGGAGGAUCCUGGGACGAUGUCCCUGCUGCGGAGCGGAACGAUAUCACCACGACCUCAAUGACACCAAUCCCGGCCGCAGGCCUGCUGGUCUCGAUCAUGAUUUUGAACGUGCUCCGUUGGAGGUAGCCGUCCUUAGUGGAGUGAGGCAGGCGAAGAAAGCAAAUGAACUGCAGAACCAAAAGAAAGAGUAUAUGGUGCAAUGCUGCCAUAACACUGUACAUAGUCAUUGGAUGUCAUUAGAUGUUACUGGAGUGACCUAAAAGGUUUGAUCGUGGAUUAUGCCAUGGAAAUGGGGAAAGAAA